UUUUAUAUACAAGUAUUAAAUAACUUAACAUUGGGUUCCUUUUUGUGAUGUUGAUAAAAAUCCAGAACCACAGGUGGGUGAAAAACGCACAGCCAUCAUCAUCUGUUUUGAGUUGACGGGCAUGCAGCAGAGAAAGGGUUAAGAGUCACAUGGUAGCUGGUGGUAUUAUCAGCCCUGGGCUGUAAAAAAAAAAAAAAAGUAUGAGGAGGAAAAAAAACAACCUUUAGGAGAACAAAGAAAUCAGAGUCUAUUUAAAGAGAAGGAGCCCUGGAGACCCUGCAGCCGAGUGACUCCAGGCUUUUACGCACAGCUCACAGCUGCAACAAAUCCAGUCUGCCUGUCUGUGCACCAACCACCUCCACCUCCACCAUCAACCACCUCCACCUCCACCAUCAACCACCUCCACCUCCACGGCAGCGAGGAUGCGGACGUCUCUGGCUGUGUGCUGCUGCUGCAUCUUAGCGCUGCAAUGCCUCCCGAGCACGCUUUGUCUUCCAGUGCACGGAUCAUCCAGCAGGUACAAAGCUGCACCGGUCUCUGAAAAGUUCCCCGACCUGAAGAAGAGGGGGAAGGUUCCUCACGCUCAGGACUUAGUAAAGGAUGCGACGAACACCUCCAACACGUGGAACCGACCUCGCUGUGGCGUACCGGACUACCCCGCCCACAAGGAGGUGCACUAUCGGGGGCGCCACCGCCAGAGACGCUUCGUCCUGUACGGAGGACGUUUGGAGAGGACAGACCUCACCUACAGGAUCAUGCGGUUUCCCUGGCAGAUCGGUGAGGAAAAGGUCCGACGUGUCUUUCGGGAAGCGCUGAAAAUCUGGAGUGACGUCACCCCGCUCACCUUCACCGAGGUCCACGGCGGGAAGGCCGACAUCCGCAUCGACUUCACAAGGUACUGGCACGGAGACAACCUUCCCUUCGACGGCCCGGGUGGGAUCCUCGCUCACGCUUUCUUCCCCAAAACACACCGACAGGGCGACAUCCACUUUGACUACGACGAGUCGUGGACCCUCGGGAACCACAUGGGCACAGACCUUCUCCAGGUUGCUGCCCAUGAGUUCGGGCACGUCCUGGGCCUGCAGCACUCCCGCGAGCCGGGAGCCAUCAUGUCCGCAUACUACACCUUCUCCUACCCGCUGAGGCUGAGCGAGGACGACAAGCGAGGCAUCCAGUACCUGUACGGGGCUCAUCCGCAAGUCCUGCCCUCGCCUCCGCCCCCGCCGCCGCCUCCUCCAUCAAACCCAGAGACCAACGAGAUCAUGACUAGCCCCGACGCCUGCCAGACGGACUUUGAUGCCGUGUCUAUGAUCCGAGGGGAGCUGUUCUUCUUUAAGUCGGGCUACGUGUGGCGGAUCAGGGACGGGCAUCUGGAGAGCGGUUACCCGGCGCUGGCGUCCCGUCACUGGAGGGGGAUUCCCGACAACAUCGACGCCGCCUUUGAAGACAAAUCAGGGAAUAUUUGGUUCUUUCAAGGUGAGAACUACUGGGUGUUCGACGCUGAGAUGCAGAUCAGAGGGCCGGAGUCCAUCAGGAGGUUGGGUCUGUCGGUGUCCAGGAUCCAGGCGGCGCUGCGCUGGGGCCACGACUCCAACUACAACACCUACUUCUUCAAGUCAGGCAGCUACUGGAGGUUCAGCCCCCGCGAGCACCGGGUCGAGUCCGCCUACCCGCGCAGCAUGCAGGACUGGAGCGGCAUCCCCGGCGACGUGGACGCCACUUUUAGGGAUGUCUACGGCUACGCUCACUUUAUCCGAGGACGACAGUACUGGAAAUUCGAUCCCGUUGGCAUGAACUCUUUGGAGGGCUACCCUCGCUACAUCGGCAUGGAUUUUUUCGGCUGUAGAAACGUGUGAGUCUUUAAACUGCGGAGAAUCACAUUAACAGAUUGGUUUUUUUUUACUAUGAAGAGGAGUUUUUUGGAGCAGAGACGUUUGUAUGUGUUCAUCCUGCGGAUUCGAGAGGGAUGAGACGAUCUCCUUUAAAUCUGUUUAUGCUUUACUCCAUUUAUUGAAUUACACCUUCUUCUCAGGAAGUUACGUUUCCUCAGACUUGGCACCUGCUGUGCAGCUAUACUCGUAUUUAUUUUGCACAUUUUUGUCACCAUGAGGCUGAGAUCUGGGCCCUGUAUUAACGACGUGUGAUGCUGUAUCGUUCUCACUUCCUGUCUUUGAGCCCAUUUUAUUUUUUUCACAGACUGUAGAAGAUGUUUUCAGCUGAACUUCUCUGAACCUCAAAUGUUUGAAGAGUGACAUCAAACGCUAGAUUUGUACAUGUGACAGUGAGAGUGUAACUUUAAACCCAGAAAAUCAGUCAACAUGACGUCGGCAAACAACAUUUUAAGGAUGUGAUCACACAUGCAGUUGAUUUUCCUGCCAGCUUGACUCCCACUGACCAUGAAUCACAACAUAGAAACAAAAGCCACAUUCCUCUGAAGUUGCUCUGUUAUUAUACAGAGUUUUGAAAACCUGUCAGAUUAAACUGCAUAAAGUUGUGACAUUAUUGUAAGUUUAACCGAACAUGACGGACUUGUUUGUGCUCUUACCCGCUGAAUGUUCUCAGCUUUCAUAUAAUUUGGGGUUUCAUCUCCUGAAGUGAGUCGCUCUCAUGCUGUGUAGUCAUACUUCCAUCCAAACGUAGUGCACAUUCAAACCGAAUUUUCAGAAAAUCUGCAAAAGAAAAUGCAAAAUCAACGCACAACUCUAUCCACUAUUAUGCAAAUAUUAGGAGUAGGAUGCGUCGAGAUGAACAGUUGCACUAAUUCUCCAGCUGGGUGCUGUUAAAUUAUUGCAGGAGAAGAGGGAACAGCAGAUAACCUGAAAUGAAAAAAUAUGACAUUUAAGUGCGUUUCAUGUAUUAAUGUGAGGAAGGUUACAGUCUUCCUCAUCGGUUCAGUUGACGUUUAAGUCACAUGCUUCAUAUACGUCAUGAGUUCUUCGCUAAGUCUGUUUCUAUUGCACGUUGUCGCAUUUAGUUUUUAUCGAUACACCAAUUUUUCCACCUCAGACAAGCAUAAAAAAAAUGUUUUUGCGAUACGCAAGACUUUUUCUUUUGUAGGCUCAAAUUGAAAAUGCACAUAAAAACAGGUGGAUGGAAACGAAACUUAACUACACUAUCCAUUAGCAGACUGUUUCAACAGUGCUGGCUUUUGAUAGGACCAACACCUGAAUAGUCCAAAUUGGAGAAAGCUAUCACAUUAGCCAUUCAGUUUCACAUAAACUUGCCUCUGAUGAACGAAAAGCAAACGCCAAUACAGCUUUCCUCUCCGUAUCGGAAAAGAAAUGAGCCGAAACCAAAAUCGAAGGACAGAUGGAGAGAGACUCCUUCCAUUAUAGUUAGAGGGUUUUUUUUAAAAAGUAAAAAAGUCCCAUAAGUUGUUUACUCGCAGGUUUUGAACUCACAAAAUGUACUUUUUCGGGACAAAAUAUCAACAUCUUCUUUCCCUUAAUGUGCAUGUGACAUAAUAGCUUUAGCAGUCAUCGUCGUUUUUCAUAGAGUCGAGGAAGCAGAGGUGGACCGGUAGAAGCUCUUAUCUCAGUGCUUCACAUUAAUGAAGUGUUAGAGCAAACGGUUGUGGUGCACGAGGACCUCCAUCUAGAUUCUUCUACACAUAAAGUUGGAUGUUGAUGAUUAUUGGUGUUUCAAGUGUUUAAGAGAAAGUUUUGUAUUUAUUUUUUUGGGCAAAUUGAGCAAAUGUACAAGGUUUCAGUGAGUAAGGAUGUGAUUUAGGAUGACUUUUUACUCCUCAUGCAGCUUUUAGAUGCUAUGUUAACUACUUCUUCUUCCCUGAAACUUCUGCAUUUCAUACAACAUGGAGCCUUAAAGAAAUGAUGUGUUCAUACGGGGAAGAAAAUGCAGAUAACGUCGCUGUAUGUCAUGGUUUGAUGUCACUCUUCCAACAUGAUGGUAUGAAGCUCUUAAUGUUGUUGGUCACUCUGAGGCGGUAUAAAAAGCUGCAGGGCGCCAUCUAGAGUGCAGCACCGUCAGUCACCCUGCAGGAGAAGUGAGAUAUGUCCUCAGAUUAUGUGUCUCAUGCUUGAUGAAGUCAUUGUUUAUCUAUAUACACAACAUGGUGCUCUUUUCAGGUUGGUCAGUGUGACACAUUCAGGGACAGCAGCUGCUGCGUGGAUCAGCGGUUCUCAACCUGCUGAGACUUUAAAUUUAACCUGAUUGUUUUGCUGAAUCACUAGACGAAGCCAGUGAUUCACAGGAAGUUAUCGCAUUAGAUCACCAGCUGGACGGCAGUGGUGCAAAGUACAUUUACUCAAGUACAAUUCUGAGGUAUUUGUACUUUUUGUGCUACUUUAAACUUCUGCUCCGCGAUGUUUCAGAGGCAAAUAUGUUUCUUUUACUCCCCUACAUUUAUUUGACAGCUUUUAAGAUUAAAUUAAAAAACAUAAAAUAAGCUUAUAAAGCUCAACACAUUGCUAAAGGUCAAAGCUGUCCCAAAUCCAUACUACAUACUAAUCACUGUAAUACACUGUUGUUGCAGUUAGUUUACAAAAAAACAUCAUACUUUACCAUUUAAUACUACGUUGGUCGUCAAUUAACUGCUUUGAAACAUUUUUAACACUAGAUAAUAGAUUUAAUUCUUGUUUUUUAGAUCUCUCUGAAGCUGUUUCACCACCAGGCUCAAUUAACUUUAAUGUUUUCCAGCUGUGAGCAGCUCCUCCACUUCCUUUGUGCAUUGCAUUGUGGGAGAACAACAGUGUGCAUCAACAGCACACUUUAAAAAUGACUAUUUAGUAUGCAUGCUAUCUGGUUGAAGUAUACUUCAUUUGGUCUCUUUUCCAGUCAAAACCUGCUUAGAAGUAGCGUGUAGUCUGGAUUUGGGAGACUCUGUGAAUCAGUGACUUUUUCAACAAUUCUGGUUUGUGACCUCUGUGGUUUUCCAGAUGUCUAUGAGUUGUUUAACCAAAUUUCCCCUCUAAAUGUCUCCUAUGAUUGCAUUUAAAACAUCUGUUUAAGGCUCUAAGAGGUCAGAUUAUUCAAUAUUUCACAAAAAAGAUCAGAGAAAAAAACAUUAAACUAAUAUAAAUUUUGUUUUUUUCAUCCAUCCUCUCCCAUUAAUCAGAUUUAUCUGGUGACCCUACGUCCAAACUGUAUAUAAAGUAGUUCAAAGUAGCUCCACCUUAAGCAACUUCAACAUUAACAUGCCCGUCUAACAUUGAUGCUUCAGUAUUAAUAUCUAAUAAUGUAAUAAAUAAUAAUAUAUUGAGUACUUUCACCGUUGAUACUUUAUUUUGAGUUCAGGACUUUUACAGUAUUUGUACACUGUCGUAUUGGUGCUUUGACUUAAGUACAGGAUCUGAAUACUUCCUCCACCACUGCUGGAGAGGUAAAGGACCUGAUAAAGUCAUGUUCCGACCUCUUUGUGGGUCCGGUGACGCAGGUUGAGAACCGCUAGUUGCAGCACUUGAUACGUGAAGGCUCAGUCCAGAACGCGGUGCUCAUCAGAUCAGAUGGUAGUUUUUCAGUGCAGGACGCUGACGAGUCGUUAACACUUUUCAUCAUUCAGACUUUGUUGUUGUUGUUGUUGUUGUUGUUGUUUGAAUCAUUUCUACAACUCAAGUGUUAAUCAGUGAACAAAUAUUUAUACACAAACAACUCAGCAAAAAGUUUGUUGUACAUACAUGUCUUUGAUUAUUAUUUUUUUUACUCAUAUGUAGCCUAAACUCUGUACAUUGAACUGUAUGAACUGUGUAUUGUUUUCUUUCUAAUAAAACCAUAACCUUUUUACCAAACGCUGCUGCGUCUGGAGAGAUUCAAGUUGGUUUAUUACAGAUAAUUUAAAACUAGACAUUCAUGUUUAAUCAAAAAAUGUAUAAAUGCUUUUUACCCAUUGUUCCGAGUGAAAUACAUUUCUUUUCGACUAACUUCAAUCUUUGUGCUUAAC